AAGGAAUUAUGUUAGCUUAAAGGAUGAAUGUCACUUUGGAAUGUUCAGCCUUCUUUACUCUAUCUGGCCUGUAGAGAAGGAAUUUGUUUUAUCACUGUCCUGUGACAGUUGGACAGUGGGUUGCAUAUUUCCUUGUAAGGUUUAUCCUUCAGCGUGCAUCUGUUUUUAGGAAUAGAAGAGAUAAAGAGAACUAUAAAGACUGACACAACUUAGCCAAUUGGCAUUUGUUUCCAAUCACAGCUCCACCAAAUGGCAAGCAGGAAAGCAGCUCGAGGGAAAGCUUCAUCCAAACAGAACCAACGAAGCUCCUCAAAUGUCUUCUCCAUGUUUGAGCAGUCUCAAAUUCAAGAGUUCAAGGAGGCCUUCGGCUGCAUUGAUCAAAACCGUGAUGGAAUCAUCAGUAAACAGGACUUGAGGGAAACCUUUAUGCAGCUGGGUAAGUUGAAUACCAAUGAUGAAGAAUUGGAAGCGAUGUUGAAAGAGGGAAAGGGACCAAUGAACUUUACAGUGUUCCUCAGUCUCUUUGGAGAAAAACUGAAUGGGACUGACCCAGAAGAAACUAUUGUGAACGCCUUCAAACUGUUUGAUCCACAAGGAACAGGGCAUGUCAAGAAGGAUGAAUUUAAGAGACUCCUGAUGACACAAGCUGAUAAAUUCAGUGCAGAUGAGGUAGAACAGAUGUUUGCUGUGACUCCCAUUGAUGUUGCAGGAAACAUUGAUUAUAAAUCACUGUGUUAUAUCAUCACACAUGGAGAUGAGAAAGAAGACGCCUAGUUUGAAUGUUGUUGGUGUCUGGCUUCUGCAGUCAUCAAUGAAAAAUCAGUGAUAAUGAUCAUUGUGAAUCAGUGCUAAAUAAAACAUGGCUACUCAAAA